UAACCUCUGAAUGGGAAUAUUUUUUUCACUUUCUGUUGGAAGAAUUUGGAUUAACAAUUUCAUAUUACAGCAAGGUUGGUGAGCAAACUGUACUUUCACCCCAAUAUUGUCAGAUUAUUUCCAUGUUUUUCUGAGUUGUGGUGCCGGUAUGCUGCUUUGGGACACUGAGCCACAUUUUUUUAUGGCCAAAGCUUUUGAAACAUUUAAAACAAAAGACAAAAGUUUUAUCCCUUUGGAAGAGACUUGAUCUGGAAUCAGCAAUCUGCUGAGAAUCAAAGCAUAGAAAAUGGUUGGAAUCAAACCCAGCGACUUGCCACCAACCGCCACGGUCAAGAUUUUCGGAGCUGGAACGGCAGCAUGUUUUGCUGACUUGAUUACUUUUCCCCUGGACACAGCCAAAGUGAGGCUUCAGAUCCAGGGAGAGUCCAAAGCCACCUCAGAAUUGGCAGCAGUGAAAUAUCGCGGAGUGUUUGGCACCAUAACCACUAUGGUGCGAACAGAGGGCGCAAGGAGUCUGUACAACGGUCUGGUCGCAGGACUGCAACGACAGAUGAGCUUUGCAUCUAUUCGUAUUGGUCUUUAUGACUCCAUGAAGCAAUUCUACACCAGAGGAUCUGAGAAUGCAGGCAUUGUAACUCGCCUGCUAGCAGGCUGCACCACUGGGGCCAUGGCUGUAGCUUUUGCACAGCCUACAGAUGUUGUAAAAGUGCGUUUCCAAGCUCAAGUGCGUCAGGCAGAUGGAAUAAAGAGAUAUAAUGGCACAAUGGAUGCAUAUCGAACUAUUGCCCGUGAUGAGGGUGUUCGUGGGCUCUGGAAAGGCUGUAUGCCAAACAUCACAAGGAAUGCAAUUGUGAACUGUGCAGAGCUGGUCACUUAUGACAUCAUCAAGGAACUCAUUCUGAAAUAUGAUCUCAUGACAGAUAACUUACCCUGCCACUUUACCGCUGCAUUUAGCGCUGGUUUCUGCACCACGAUUGUGGCAUCUCCGGUAGACGUGGUAAAAACCCGCUUCAUGAACUCAUCUGCAAACCAGUAUAGCAGUGCACUUAAAUGUGCUCUCACUAUGGUGACCAAAGAGGGACCAGCAGCUUUUUAUAAGGGCUUUGUGCCCUCUUUCCUUCGGCUGGGAUCUUGGAACAUUGUGAUGUUUGUCUCUUAUGAACAAAUCAAGAGAUUUAUGACUAGAAUGCAGAACUCGUGGGAAUCACCAUUCUGAAUGCAGACUUUGGGACAUUUUAUUGUCAGAUUUUAUUGUCCUUUUAAAUGUGAUUAAACAGAGGGUGCAAUUCUCUCUGUAAUAAGAACAGAUGACUCCCUGGGUCACCAGGUCAAGUCUUAACUCAAAGAAAGGCUGUAGUUGUGACAUAUCAACCACUUUUUAAGGCCAAAGGUCAAGCUCAUCACACAUGAAAAAAGAGUUGCCAAAUAUGUGGCUGAUUAAGCAAAUGUGCACAAUUUGUCUUAGUUUCAGUGUUUUAGGACACUGAGAGGGAUGGUGAUAAGUGUUACAUGAGGAUACAUGUCCAUUGUUUUUAUAUGCUUCUAAAUUGUCAUGAAAACUGGGUCCAUUAUUAAAUGAAGAAAUGUCUGUAUUUAUACUAUGA